UCGCCGUCUCCGGGCAAAGUAGAAACGAAGGAACUGAAGGCAACCGUAUUACUCAUUUUCUUCACACGUCGCUGUUGGAGUCUGUAUCACCUCGUGGCCGAUGACUGCCUGCGUUGCAUUCCCCUGUUUAAAUACGCUAUUUUCGGGACAUCGGCUGUGCCAUUCAACUUCCUCUAAGCGUUUUGUUUGAAUAAAUUAGCCCCGCCGCCGAAACGUGAAUUCCCCCUCCGCCACUUCCCCCCCACUGCGAUAGGAGAGUCGUUUUUUUGAAAGACACUGCAUUGCGGCUUGUGACAGCCAUGGAUGGAUUAGGGGAGGGCGCUGAUGGCAUGGGCUUCGAUAUGCCCAUGCUGAUGAACCGACAAUCGCACCUGUUCGCAGGGUACAAUCACGACGGUUCUCCUGUGACUUCUGUCAUGCAGACAUAUCAGGAUGAUUCAACGAUGGGAAUUAACGACGAUAUCAACGAUGCGAAAAGAAGAAGAAUCGCUAGGGCAUGCGAUAUGUGCCGAAAAAAGAAGAUCAAGUGCGAUGGGAAGAUGCCGAAAUGUUCGCAUUGUAGCAACUACAAGACCGACUGCGUCUUUACUCAGGUCGAGAAGAAGCGGAAUCCUCCCAAAGGUGCCAAAUACAUCGAGGGACUCGAGAAUCGACUAGGGCGCAUGGAGUCUUUGCUGCGGCUGUCAGGACUUCUGUCGGAGGAUGACGGUGGGAAGACAGACCUGGGCAUGCUGGAGAAACGCCUGGCAGACAGAUCGUUCGUCAAUGGACUGAAUUCCACAAAACUCAUGAACCAACCACCCAGCGUAUCUCUCUCCCAACAAACCUCCACAUCCCGCCAAUCAACUCCGCGCAUGGAUUCUCAACCAAGCCCUCACACGAGUGACACGUCCCCUGAGGCUUCUAAGGAGUCCGAAACCGAAGUCGAGGCACUCUCGGAUAUGAUGUGCUCUCUGGUAACAAACAACUGCGGAGAGACUCGGUAUAUUGGAUCCUCCUCCGGGUUCUCCAUUUUCUCCCCCAAAGGUAUCCAGUGGGUCAACGAAAAGACCGGUGACUCCUCAUUUCAGGAUAUGGUCUCUUCAGCCUACGUCGAUGACAACAAAUGGAUGUACUGGAAGCCUGAGAUCUUCAGUGACAUAUUUGCUCGGCGAGUUUUUAAACCACUUCCUCCCAAAGAGGAAGCAUUCUCGCUGUUCCGGGAUUUUUUUGAGAAUUUCAACUGCAUGUUCCCCCUGUUUCACGAGCCGACAUUUAUGCACCUGGCAGAACGCCAAUACUCCCGAGAUCCAUAUGAAGGCUCCGGCUGGUGGGCAAGCAUCAAUGUGGUCCUUGCCAUUGCACACAGACUUCGCGUCAUGAGUAAUUUGGUGCCACAGGAAGAAGACAAAAGGGCUUGGCUUUACUUGAAGAACGCCAUGGGUGUUUUGACGGAGCUCACAAUGAGGAAUACAGAUCUUCUGAGCGUACAAGCGCUUCUGGGAAUGUCACUUUUCCUUCAAGGAACCCCAAAUCCUCAACCCGCUUUCUUUUUAGUGGCGGCAGCAAUUCGGCUUUCUCACAGCAUUGGUCUUCACAAGCGUGGUUCCAGUUUUGGCUUAAAUCCAGUGGAAGUCGAACAGCGAAAACGAGUCUUCUGGAUUGCAUAUCUUCUUGACAAGGAUAUCUGUCUCCGUUCCGGUCGACCACCUGUGCAAGAUGAUGAUGAUAUGAAUGUCGAGCUUCCAAGUGAAGACCCGCCGGAUAAUAUCGGGAAUGUGCCUCUUUCGGACGGGAAAAGCAAGUUUAAUCUUUUCAGAUCCCUUUGCCGAUUUGCUAUCAUCGAAAGCAACGUGUAUAAACGGCUUUAUUCGGCACGAGCAUCAAAACAAUCAGAUGGCGAGCUUCUAAACACAAUCGGGGAACUCGACAGAGAACUUGAAGAAUGGAAGGAUAGCAUCCCUCUGGAUUUCCGCCCCGAGUAUGACAUCAAAGCAACCCACACGCCUUUGAUAUUACAUGUCGCGGUCGUGCAUUUUGCCUACUACAACUGUUUGACUACUAUCCACCGGAUGUCUGUCCACCAUGGGUACUGGACAAGCCGCUUAUCCAAUUAUGCAAUCCAAGGAUUGAAUGCCAGGCCCCUAAAUCCCAGGGUUUUCCUUUCUGCGGUCCUUUGUGUCACGGCCGCCCGGGCAUCCAUCAAUCUAAUUAAAUACAUCCCCCAGGGCGACUUUGCUUGUGUUUGGUUGAUCCUCUACUACCCGGUUUCAGCCCUUGUCACCCUUUUCGCAAAUAUCCUUCAGAAUCCAAACGAUGCUCGGGCGCGCUCUGAUGUCAAGCUUAUGAAUGUUGUGGUCAAUUUCCUUUCAACUCUGGUCUCUGACGAAUCGAACAGCAGCAUCAAGCGCAUGCUUGGUCUGUGUGGCGAGUUUGAGAGGAUCGCUAGGGUGGUUCUGGACAAAGCCGAGAAAGACUCGCACUCCAGGAAGAAACGCAAAGCAGCACCAGAAGAUGACUCGAAUUAUGAAAUGAACACGCCGGAUGUUCAAGCUAGUACUCCCUUGUCAGCCAAGCGAGCUGAGGGGCCUUCAGCCGCAUCUGUCUCUAUACCACCCUUCUCCGACCAGUCUAAUGGAAUAAAUAACGAAAAACAACCGACACCCUUCGUAUCUAAUCCAGCGGUGCAGGCUCCCACCUCUCUUCCCGGAAACCUCCCCAGUGAUCUCCAGGCGAUGUCAGGACUUGGACGCGACUUUGCAGACAUACUCGGUCCCUCAAAUCUAGGGCAGGUGCCCUUCACUGACCCCUCGUCACUCCCAACAACUACCAGUCCGGUCGCCAAUAUCCCACAAUUUCAACAACCAUUUGUGCCCCAGGAUCUAUGGCAGAUGCCUAUGACCAUUGAAUGGGAUUGGGCCGACAUGUCAUCGCACUUCCCAAUUUUUGAUACCGGGCUAGACUCGGGGGGGCACGCUGGAUCGUGAACUUUCCGGCAAAGAAAGACAGUCUAUGCAGAAAAAGAUAAUGACGAACUAGAAUCGGACCUCUAAUUUGGCGAAACGGUAUGGAGUCAUAGGAUGGCACGCGAGGCCAAGAGAAAAAAAAGGCUCUCUCCACUUCUUAUGGGAUACAAUGCGUCUUUUCUCGGUCGAAAAUGGGCUCUCACCUCACAUUGUAA